AUGACCGCGCUACGUUGGCCCUACGAGAUUUUGUCCAGGAUUCAGAAGGCCCAUCAGGCCAAGGCAGUUAGCUCGGUCUUCCGUCCUAGCCGCCAUCUUGGCCAACGGAACCAUGGACCAGCGCCACCUAAACUAACGAAUCAGCCUGGGGUAGUUCCCGAGAGCGAUAUCCGGUGUCCGGUUUUCGUCUUUAGCACCAACGGAAAGCCAAGAAUGAAUGUUACCGAGACCUCCCUACAGCAACCGCCCCUAGAGAUUGGGCCUCUUCCAAGACAGAACAUUUUGAAUAAUGCUGGACCCGUGCUGGAGACCAUUCUUCGCGCCACAUUGAGCAACGUGCUUCGUAUCGUUCGGGCCGCUCGUGGCAUCCUAAACCCGAACGACGGAACGACCAUGGCUGCUCUCAAGACGGCAUUUCCCGAGGUAUCAGCGGCGUACUUCGUGCCACACUACUACCUUCUUAAGCCUGAUCUCAACAACCCUAUCAAGAAGGUAUUGGACAACACAGUCGAAAUCCCGAUCCCUAAAAGAGCGGCAGAGGCCAAGACACUAUUCGAUACCUUGUGGACACCGGAUGCAAGCAGAAAAAUCAUCAACAUGGCCUACAGGAUAUACCAUUGGGUCAUUGCCGAAGAUGAUGAACUCAACUUCGCCGGUGGAGGCGUCUCGAUGGGGACGCUGCGCUGA